ACGUCCGCGCCAAACGGUAACGACUGGAAUUGUCAGAUAAAGGGGGGAAACUCUCUUUCUAUUUUUCUUCCUUUCUACUUCUAGCUGCAUAUUGAAGCAUGUCUCAGAAAGGGACAAAAAAGGGAGGAGCGCCCUCACCCAGAUCAAGCACGUCAUCAAACACCUUCUCUGGACAUGGGACCCCUGGGCGCCCCGCGCUCCGCCAGCCCAAGUCAGGAGAAAAUGGCAACAGCUCCAAGAGCGGCAGGAGCCACAGCCAGGGCUCUGUAGCAGCCGUCUAUCUGUCCUACCUCAACACUCUCUUUGGACAGGAUAGGGAGCUGAUGCCUGAGGAGUUGGAUGGGGGCGGUCACGUGGACUUUGAUGAUUUCUGUACUGAGCUGAUGGGCCCUAGGAUGCUGGCUGAGACGGCUCACAUGAUGGGGAUGAGGGAGGUACGCAGUGCUUUCAGACAGUUUGACAGCGACGGAGAUGGGCGCAUCACCUUGGAGGAGCUGAAGGACAGCAUGAAGGCCCUGCUGGGUGAGAAGCUGAAGAAGGGCGAGCUGGAGGAGAUCCUCCAGGAUAUCGACCUCAACAAGGACGGCGGAAUAGACUUCGAUGAGUUUGUCAUGAUGCUGUCGUCGCGGUAGCCUGCCUCAGCCAUCAGACUAACUAKCAAGACGCACUGGAUGAGGUCUGGAUCACCAAAGUGACACAAUUCUUGUGUCAAUUUCCUGUAGCAUUGUGCAUAAUGUCUGUAUGAAAUGAUUUUGCAUAUUCAUCAGAUUUAGAUCUGAAUGAUUUUCUAGUGGAAAGACUUAGAUUGUAAGAUAACAAUUUAGGUCAAAUUGUUGCCUUUUUAAAAAUG